AUAUCCAAACACAGCCUGUGAACUGCUGACCUCGGAUGUGCCGCAGAUCAACGACAAGCUCGGAGGGGAUGAAACUCUGCUGAAUAUCCUCUAUGACUUCUUGGAUCACGAGCCUCCUCUGAACCCUUUGCUUGCCAGUUUCUUCAGUAAGACUAUUGGGAAUCUCAUUGCAAGAAAAACGGAACAGGUGAUUGCAUUUUUAAGGAAAAAAGACAAAUUCAUUAGCCUGGUGCUAAAGCAUAUAGAUACAUCAGCAAUGAUGGACCUGCUGCUUCGACUCAUCAGCUGUGUGGAGCCCGCGACUCUACGGCAGGAAGUGCUGAAC